AUGUGCAAAAUGUACAAAGUCGUGGAAACUGACGCAUCUCCCGGCCAGCGAUCUGUCCUACAGCUGGUGAAGGACCUGCUUAUCUUAUCCAGAUUUCACAAGUACAACCCAUGGCUUGCUGUAUUCUCAGGAGGUGUGUCCCUGCCUAUCCUUAUAGGCAAUAGUCAUCCAUUGACCUCUGGUGUCUCAGUUUGGGCAACUUUGCUUGCCGGUGCUAAUCAGAUAGCUACUCAUCCGGCCUCGAUCUCGGCCGACCACAUCGUCAAACAAACGCUUCUAUGCUUGAUCUGCGGCUACAUCUUCUGCGGUGCAGGCAUGGUCUGGAAUGACUGGAUCGACCGCAACAUCGACAAGAACGUAGCGCGCACCAAGAAUCGGCCCUUGGCAGCGGGGAGGGUUACUGCAACCGAGGGCUUCAUCUGGAUGAUGGUCCACGUGGCGGCUAUGAUCCCAGUCACUAUCAGCACAAUUCUCUAUCCCUUCGGAAAGCGUCAACUCUGCCGACGGCUAUACAUCUAUCCCCAGUACUUCCUCGGGUUUAGUCUGGCCUGGCCCGGCGCCAUCGGAUGGAUGGCAAUCAAGGGCCGCCAGAUCCCGUUCACGCAAAGCAUCUCCGAGUCCUUGCCGCUUUCGAUCACCGUCUUCACCUGGACGCUGUACCUCAACACAGCAUACAGCUACCAAGACGUCGUUGACGACUCCAAGAUGAACGUGAACUCGGCGUACGUCGCCGCGGGGUCCCGCAUCCACAUGUUCCUGGUCAUCCUGGCAGGUCUCGUGCUCGGCUCUUUGUAUCUGCAGCUGCGGGCCCAGAACUCUGGCUGGCUGUGGGCCUCCUGGAUGUGUGUCUGGGCGUUGUCGUUUGUGCAUCAGCUGCUGAGAUUCGAUGCGAAGAAGCCGGAGAGUGGUGGCCCGCUUCAUAAGGAGAACUUUGCGCUUGGGGUGUGGACUAUCGUUGCCUGUGCUGCCGAGUUGGGACUCUCAUCCGGAAUGGCGGAUCAGUUCUUCUCCAACCGGGUCUUCCGUCGAUAG